GAUUAUUUGUUAUGCCCGACGACGACCGCUUGUGUUGCGAUAGAAACGUGGUGAUUUUUUUUUCCACCUACGUGACUUACCGAAAGAACCAAAGAAUAUAGCUUAUUGUGUUUACAUUACGAUGCAGUUAUUUGAAUUUAAGCUGAUAUUUGGUACACCCACCACCCUAUAUUGUCCAUGAAUCCAGGGCACAUUGAGCCUUUGGGGCGCUAGGCUUUCGCUUGGUUUGCUUCUGGCUGAGCGCGGCCACCACCAUCCACCCCCCUUUCGUCCGCACAAAACACACCCAGAGCCCUAACACGAAGAGGGAAAAAAACCCACCGCUCUCCUCCACAACUUAACGCCCCUCACAAUCCACCGCUCCUCCCACUCCCCCCCCCUCCCUUCUCAUCUCCCUCCUCUCCCUCUACCACAUGGCUCAAUAGGGGCACGCGGCUUGUAACGGAGUCGAUGCGUUGCAGCGUGUGCGGAGUUGUCUCGGGCGCGGUGCUGGCCACCAACGCCACCCCACCCCACCCCUCGUGUGCCGUGCCGGCCUUCAUAGGUGCUGCUACUCGCCAAGAGCACACUUGCCCCAGCAGCCUGCUAAGGCUAUCCUGGGGGUAUUCUUUGUCUUUGUUAUCUAGACAGACGCGCCGGUAUUUGCCUGCGCUGUUACCCAGAACUUUUUCGCCUACUUCAGCUCCGCCACUGCAACUCACCAAGGGUGUGGGUUUGAGGUUUUAUGCUGUUUUUGUUAUUUACUUACGUGGCAGGCAACAAUAAUAAUAGUGGAACCUCACGGCCGUGAUGCUGGCGUGUGGAUGUCAAAGGCCGACGCCGGUGAACGGGAGACGCAGCGUGCGGGGAAAGUUCUCGAUUUGGAUGGCAGCGUGAACGCGUGGUUGGUGGAUUUGCGUGAUCGAGAGGGACAUCAGGGCCGCCGAUUCGCUCACGGGCACCGUCUGUGCAACUUGCAGUGGCCAUCGUCGGCGGCUUUCGCAGCCUCUGAAUUCCGAUGUUGGCCAGUGCCGUGAGAAAACCUUUCCACUCGGUGAAGUGCUUGCAUUCCUUCUGUGUGCCCUCUCGUUCCUUGCGCUGUACUCGAUUCGCUUAUGACAAACACAUGUAGUCGCUCUUAAGAGCGAGCAAUCUGCCUUUUUAUGUGCACACAUAUAUGUUUAUGUUCACGCUAACCUCUUUUAAUAUUGAAGCUUCGUUAUUGUUUUAGACUGCUCAGGAUUUUUCUUUUUUUUAAGAAGUCCAGUCUAACUUUCAUCUGACCGUAAGGGCGGUUCGUAUUGUUUUAUCGAGCUGUUACUAACCAAGUAAAUCGAUCUCCCUUCCUUACGCGUCUCUACUGUUAAGGGGGAAAAAACGUCUAUCGGCGUUUCGGUCUUCCAGACUUUUGAUAACAGCUCUGGAACCUGCAAAAUCAACAGGGGGUAAACAUUUAGUGCAGGACAUUUUAAGCACCGUACCAACUUUAGCCCUUCGCCACGAGGUACAACUUUCCGUAUUGCGCCAAAAAAAAAAACCACGGACACUCCUCUCAGAGUAUCGUUAUCGAGGCGCAUUUCAUCCAGCCCAAGCUGUUGCCGUCGUCUGCCGACUCAUCCGAGGAAGGAGGUCAUCAUGAUGCUGUUCUCGCGGAGCUGCCGGGCCGUGGCUCUGCUCCUUCUCUGCGUUCCGUGGGCCGUGAGCCACAUCAGCGGUGACGGCGACAACGACGCAGGCUCUGGCUCGGGACUCGAAGUGUUGCCCUCCGUGUGGUUACAAUCGCAGGCAGUAGCUCCUCCUCCUCCUCGCCCGUUAAUUACACCUCGACGCUCGCUGAACCACGAUGGACCCACCACCACGCCUGCCACCACUCCAAAAGCAACAACAUCAACAACAACAACAUCAUCAACAAUAACGACCACCGGCCACGCUUCUCGCCAUCAGCGGACGGAUAAGUCCGCGAGCGUCGUGCCACCGGGUCGAGAGGACCAUCGCUCAGAACCGACCCUCAUCACGGACUCGGCGGAGGUCUUCGGCAGCGGCAGCGGCAGCGGGAGCGAUCGCUGCGGCAUCUCCUUCGCCAUCGAGGCGGUGGGCCCCGCGCGCCCCGUAGCGGACGAGUGCCGCCCGGCCACGAGGCAGGAGGUGGACAGGGUCCGCCGGGUGGUGUCCGAGUACGGGCGCGUGCUGUCCAGCGUGCGCGACACGGUGCUGGCCGAGGCAGGCGAGCACGGCUCGUUCGCCGGUGCCCUGCGCGCGUCGCUCAGCGCGCUGCGGGGAGAGCACGGCGAGCUGCAGCGGGGAGUCGUCCGAGUGGAGGCCGCCUUCGAGGGGGGCGCGGGCGACACCCUGAAAGAGCGAGACGCCGUUGGCAAGGCUGCGGCCAGGAUGCGCGUGAGCCUCGCCGAGAUGUCCGACUCCCUGCUGAAGGCGACACGGCUCCAUGCCUCCCUGGAGGGGGCCCUGAGGGGGCUGCACGACUCCACGCGGGACCACGGGGAGCGCCUGGCCCGUCUGCAGGGCGCCCGCAUGCAUGGAGUCUGGGCGGACCGUGGGGCGUCGUAGAUGGCAAGCGGCGCGGCGUGCCGCUGAACAGAUCCGGAUGCUCGACCCUGCCUGUGGUCGAGAAGAAGAAGAAGGAGGAUUAACUCCUGACUCGCUGCAAGGCGACUCUUCGAUUGCGGCAUCGGCAAGGGGGCUUUGUUUCGCGCCUGGAGCUGUCCGUUGCUGAGCUCUAGAAAAUAUUUCCCUCUGCCUGUUGUCGCCCGGGUGUGUUUUUGAGUGGGUGGUGCGGAUGGCGGGAUGGUGCCGAGGUGGUGGGGUGGGGGAAUGCCGGGAAAAUCUUACAUGAGAAAAUCGAGCUCUGGGCGUCAGCAAAAUAAAACAAAUUGCUGUCGCCAAAAAAAUACGUUUGCAUAAAUUCCCGGGGAUGAACGGGUGGCACUGAGGCUAGUUCAUAAAUAAUCUCGGCGAUGUUUAUUUUUCGUUGCUACCCAAACCCCCCCCCCCCCCCCCCACACGGUCACAUUCCCGCAGCGGGCCGCGCUCCGCUGCAGACAGAUCCCGUCGGAGUUUGGAAAACCCAGCGUACAGAGAGGGCUCUUGUGUGCACUGAUGUACGCAGAGCCUCGUAAAGCCAAAAGCAAGAGCAAAAGAAAAAUCUCCCAGGCACAGCCUCCGAACCGUUAUAGAGGGGGGGGGGGAGCAAGGCAAUAAAGUGUUGAAAACCAGUAUUUUGUGUGAAACACCGAUGCACAUGAUGAAGGUUUACCAGUCAAGAAAGAUCAAAGCCAUUUGUCUGGUCUAUUUUAAAACACUGGAGUACCAUGCUUGGUCUGUAGCUCGCUCUGCAGGAGGAGGGCGUCUGCGGGUCACUGUUUCGUGUUUUGUUUACUUUUAUAUGGAAAUAAUCAUUCAACUUGUAAUGCGGCGCCCCACGGUAAACAUAUAGGAACCACAGGAAAACGGUGAAGGCAGCCACACAGGAAGCUGGUGCCCACCCCAAGCUCUGGGAUCCUCUACAUAUAUGAAGGUGUUAUAUUAGCCAAUUAAUACGUGUUUACAUGUGAAGGAAAUACGGAGCACCCGGAGAAAAUCCAAGCGUGGGAGGGAGCAACACUCCAUCCCGUGCCGAUGGAAAAGGCAGUAUCCACAUUUUGCUGUGCCGACUUCUCCCGGACAGCCGGGGUAUGGCACCUCAACGCCCACGGGAAGGUUGAUCCUCCAACCCUCACCGACUGUGUGAAAAAGGUGGCAACCCUACAUCGGUGUCGCCUCGCAUAAUGAAGUGUCCAUUCGGAGCUCUCGCAGAGCAGCACGACCGCCACGUGUAAGAGAGUGUCCUGUUGCGAGGAGACAUCACGGAAUGACUUCUGCAUUUAAAAAAAAAAUCUCCACACCAGUUAUUGUGUUUUUCUCGCUUGACCAGCUGCGGGGAAAUGUUUUGCCGCUUGGCAGUCGAAUCAAUAUUAUGUUGUUGUUCUACUCAGAGCUGGUGAGUAAUCAAAUUAAUUUGAAAGCCAAAUGUAACGCCUAUUGAUUUUUGUUGAGUCAUUGGUGACAGAGCCACGACCAUCAAAUCACUGCACUCGUGAACCAUGCUUAAUCACGGGCGGCUGGAACCUGGUUUCAGCCACCGGGUGAUUAAACAGGACGUCUGGAACCUGGAUUGGAACUCAGGGUCUCAGCAUCUUUGUACCCUGAGCCAUCGGCCCACCUCACCUCUGCUUAUAGCCUUGAGUCCAUGGUGGAAAUUCUUGCGUUCAUAUAUCAGGGGCAGGGAUAUCUUUUGCACAACCACUGUUGGCUUCCCGCUAAAAUUGUACUCAUUUUGGUUGACCCCUGAUGGUAUGAAUGGCUGAGUUUAGUUGAGGCUAGAACUUUGAAUCCACAUUAUGAAAUUGCUUUGUAUGACAUUGGCAGAGUGGCAACGCUCAAAAGAAAUAAACCCAACUUCCCAGUGCAGGAUGCUCCCGCAGUAGGCAUUGAGAGUCAGUGAGACUUUUCCCGGCCUGGUUGCACACGUGCGCACGCAACCCGAUUGAUUAUGAAACACACCCUGGGUGCAAGUGGUGUGGAGGGGGGGGCGAGAAAGCGCAGUUACUAUCGCGAUUCGUACAAAUUAAUAAUUCGCAGCAUUCGCCCAGAUUACCAAGCGUUGUGUUAUGUAAUCCUGGCAGCGUUCAGUCCUGACAGUGCAACAAUCGUCUUACGUAAUCAUGACGAUAGGACACCGAGGUGUUCCGUAGGCAGGUUGGCUGGCAAGGAAUUAAAUACUUCCUUUAUAUAAUAAUGAUAGGGUAAACAAACGGCUUCGUUACCGGUCGCAGGCCCUUUGCGAGCACACGCACCGGCCCUUCUGGUCAACGUCAAAGCGAUUGCCGAUCUCAAUUGAGCAUUGAGGCAUUGGUGCUCAUCUCCUGUUUACAGCACCUGAGACAGUGGACGUUCAUAGGGCAUGGUCGAGUCUAUCCAUAGGACAACCACUGUUGACUUCCCCACAAAGCGAGACUCAAAUAUUGAUUUAAAGUUUUCGUGACUGCAGUGAUUCAUAUUCUUGGUUCUUUCGGUAAAGUUCA